CUGUGAAAGCAGAAGAGUCUUCCCUAUUCACUGCAUCAUACUAAAUCCAGAGACUGGCUUCAAGGUAGGAUCUACAUGAGUAAAACGAUGAUCCUUCUGCUAGGGUUGGUGAUGCUGACAGGAUGUGCUGAAAGUAUUGAAGAUAUGUCGGGUCGGAUGUUCCUUUUCCCACAGCAAACCAACACUGCUCGUGUGAAGCUGAACAUAGCACAACAGGUUUUAAGUGAAGUUACUCUCUGUCACAGGUCCUUUACCGACCUCAAAAGAGACCACGCUCUCUUCUCUCUGGCCACAUCCUCCAACAGCAAUGACUUCCUGAUUUUUUGGGAUGAAACAAAUAAGGAGAUAGAGCCUCACAUCAGGGAAACAAAGGCCGAAUAUGGAGCGUUCGACUACAAGCCGAACAUGUGGCACUCCAUUUGUACCACGUGGGACUCUAAGUCUGGACUGGUGCAGAUGUGGUUUGAUGGAAUACCCUCGAUUAAGAAGUCCAUCAGCUCUAGGUCCAGCAUCCAAGGAACCAUGAUGAUUAUUUUAGGACAGGAGCAGGAUUCCCACGGUGGGGGAUUUGACAUUAAACAGUCUUUCGUUGGCAUGAUGUCGGACGUCCACAUGUGGGACUACAUCCUUUCUUCCUGCGAGAUCCAGAACUAUGUGGAUGAACGCCAAUUCACUCCAGGGAAUGUGAUCAACUGGAAUGCACUGGACUUCCAGAUUGUAAACAACGUGGUGAUUGAGCAAAAAUCUAAGUCAUGUCACUGAACUUUUAAAACAAAACCAUUAAUAUGUUAGAAAGACAAACAUUAACAUAAUCUUACACUUGCUUUGCUUUCAUGUUGGAUGUAAAUGCGUUUGGAAAAAGUCGAAUUGUAGAAUUUACAGGCAGUAAAUUAAGAUUAAAUCUCAAUUCAUUAAUUUUUAGAUUAAAUCAAAAUUGACUGUGUUGUUAAGCACACAAACAUUAAAGCCACAGGCAGUGCCUGUUAUUCCAACUUCUAUCUGUUAACAUGAAGGAUGCAGGGUUUUUGACCAGUGGGAAUUGAAACACUCAGGCAUCACUUUUGGGAAGCUGUCAUGUCGUCCAACUUUUUAAACAGGCUAUGGUUUUUCCCAAAUCAGAUUUUCUGUAUCUUUCAGUCUCUAUGCACAGAUUCAGACUUCAAUUAAAAGGUGGUAAUGUUGCUCCAUUCUUUUUGAGGAGCUAGGUUAGUCCCAUGUCUUUUUGUUUCCUUAAUUUGAGUAGAGAAGUUAAGGUUGGUCGCCUUAGGGUUGUUUUCAUUUAUUGUUUUGCUGUUAGCCCACCCUGAAGCAGAAGAGUUAAUAAACCUGAACAGUCUGUAAA